AUGGAUGAUACACAGAUCCUCACUACUUCUGGUGAUCAAACUGUCAAGGUAUGGGAUGUUCCAGAACAGAAGUGUCUUGGAGUGUUAGUGGGGCAUUUGGGGAGUGUGAAAUCUAUUUGUUCUCAUCCAACUAAUUCUGAUAUUCUUGUCUCUGGUUCAAGAUGUAACUUCACUAUGAAGAAUAGACGUGGAGAAUGUAGCAUAAGUUCGAUAGCUGAUGUCAAAGGAGCACACGAUCCGUCUCAAGCACAGCGGGUAAGGAGGUGCAAAUCUAAGGGUGCUUCCAUGACUAUUACAUCUGUUCUUUGGCUCAAGGAUCAAGUUUCCAUAGCCACUUCUGGUGCAGCGGAUAGUGUGCUGAAGUUUUGGGAUACCAGAAACUUAAAAAGCAUUGUCACCCAGACAUGUCCUCAACCGCAGUCAACAGGAAAGCAAAGAUUACAUGGUAUUUCUAGCUUGUCCCAAGAUGACAGUGGAGUUUUACUCUCAGCUUCCCGCAUGGAUAACCGAGUUUAUCUAUAUAAUAUACUUCAACUUGAAAAAGGGCCUUUAAGAUAUUUUGGAGGAGUUGACUGGAGCCGCUCUGACCAUGGGAAAUUAGUAACUGCUUCUGAUGAUUUCACAAUCCGGAUAUGGAAUAAACUCAAUUAUGCUUCCACACCAGUUAUUCCAUUUGCCAUCCGAAGAAGAAUUAUGGCCAUGCCUAAAGUAGAGUGCAAAAUGCUCUUAAACAAUGAAGAAAUUUACCCCAAGUCCAUUGACGAUGACCUAUUAUCUGAUGGAACUCUGCACAACCCAAUAAAGUCAGUGAUGCCAACGACCCCGCCUAAAAUUGCUACACCUGAAAGCCAUAAGAACCAACUUUCCAUUUUCCCAAACUAA